AUGCAGCUGUCAGGCUUCCUGUUCCCGUUGCUUCUGCUCGCCGCCGCCAGCCUGUCCAAAGCAGAGGAUUUCCUCUAUGCUGGAGCAACGACUUUGGCGCCAACUCCUGCUGGGAAGGAGUCGCAGACGCAUUUCGAGAACACGCUGCCAGCAGCGAAGUUCGUGUCCGUUGCUGAGGCAGUGCCGCGAGGUGCCCCACCAAGUUCGAACGUGCGAGGUGUGAAAGUGGCUGCAGCACUGGCUGUCCAGUCCGGCAGCUCCAAUACUUCUGCGACACCAGCAGCAACAGCAACCACACCUCCACCAGCUGCGACGGCUACAACACCUGCGCAGAUCGCUGCAGUAGCGCCGGGACCCAACAACAAGACAGCGAAACCAGUGCAGGAGACUGCCCUGGUGGUGCCCGCGCACGGUGCCCGAGCACCCAGUAAGCUAAAAGCCAGAUCUGCCGCAGAUCAAGGCAAUCACUCGGUCAGCGUCACGCCAGUCUCUCCACCACCUCUGCAAGCUGCGCAGCCAGCGCAAGCUGCCGCCAUAGCACAGGCUCCACAAAGCAGUGCACCUCCCCGGGAGAAAGCCAGUGAAAAGCCUAUCCCUGCACAACUCCCCGAACCACAACUGGUUUCAGCAGCACCUCGCGCACCCCCCAGUGCUCAAGAAGGGCGAGCAGUCGAUGGCACAUUUGCUACAUCUGCCACGCCGGCUUCACCAAUCCCAAAGCUUCCAGAAAAUCCUGCCCUCAGCACGAAGCCCUCGCUCCACGUGGCUGGAGCUGCGGGAGGGAGCCCCGCCCAUCUGCAGCCAGCUGCACCCAUGACGUCUGCAGGUGCUGCCAACGCCACCCAGGCCAUCGCUGACCUGCCUACCGGCACGACCCCAUUGCCGAAGUCGUCAAGACCAACCGCCGUGUCGCCAGUGCCCACCUCCGUCAUUCCAGGAAAUGCCUCCAUGAAAGCCCAACCGACUGCGGGGGUCCUUCCUUCGGCCGGGGAGUCGGUGGCAAGCGGUGCUGCCGAGGCACAAUCGCAGCCGCCCAGUGUUCUGCACCCAUCAGCCACGACGGUGUCGGUGGCCAGCGGGAUCAGCCAGGUUCCCGCUCCGAGCUCGGCUGGCGGCUCGGGAGCGACGCCGACGAACACCCAGGUGCUGAGAUCUGAAGCAGAUAUCGCCAAACGUUCGGAGAAGCAGCUCCCGGUUCAGGUGGUGUCCACAAUGGGCGCUGGAGCUCCGAGUCUGACCACGCCCUGGCCCAGCAAUGCAAGCCUUCACUUACGAGGUCCAGAGUGGCAUACAUGGCACGUGUCCCGCAUGUGGCCACGCCUUGGGCGACUCGAGAAGUUCAUCGCCGGCAUCACUUUCAUGUCCAUGCUGAAGGCACUUUGCAUGGCCGGCAACAUCUUGGUUCAGAUCAGCCCGUACCACCAGGUCCAACGCUGGGAAGAAGAGCGCUGCACCGGCGAUGCCGAUGCCGCGCCAUAUGUAUCAAUCGCCUUUGGUGGCUGGCAGUGGUGCUACUAUGGUCUGUUUGCUUUCUUCGUGACGAAGCGCAGUGGGUUUCUGAUCUUGGUUCACUCGAACUGCCUUGGUGCAGUCUUGGGCACUUACUACUCCAUCACCUUCUAUCGGAACUGCAAGCACGACAACUCCUUGGGUGGCCUCUACAGGUACAUGAGCGCCGUUAUCAUGCUGGUCCUUUUUCAGCUCUGCUCGCUGGCAGUGCUGCCGAUUGAGCGGGCUUUAUUCCUCACAG